GCUUAGUUCGACCAUCACCAUCGAGUAAAUAUUCCCUCCGUUACCCUCGUCGUUGUGCCACAAUAGUUGGGUUGAGCGCUACCAACGACUGCCAAUGCUCAACAAUCCUCCGAGACCUGUUCUCAAUGUUUCCGUUGAUGCUCUCCAGGAUCUCGACGGUUCUGAGGCUUUGGCCGGCCUUUGGUUUCUGUUCUCCAAGUGCCAGUUCUCUUUGAACGAAGGAAGACGCCUUGAAAAUAUUUCAUGGCGCCUGUGGUCUCAACAGAUAGCUGGCAAGUCCCUUAAGUAUCGACCUUUGACGCCGGAUUCUCCCUCAGAAGGUGUCUUGACUCAUGGCUCAGGUACUAUCACGCCGUUGCUUUCCACAUUUUCUCCUCGACGACAGCCGAUAGGGAAAAUUCUUUGUGACUUCAUACCAAAUUUGCAACAAACGAUACAACCUUUGUAUCCCAAGCUUCGUCUGCCCUCCAGGCUGACAAAGGCUGAGCACGAAGUUAGACUUGCGUCUGUUCUUCCUACUCCUGCUGCCGAAUUGCUUUCGAUAUCCAUCAUACCCCCUACUCAUUCUAACGACGAAGCCGCUGCCAGAAAUAUUCCAUCGAUCGUUGCGUCUGCUUCAACUUCCCCGGCUUCUGGUAACAGUUCUUCCAAGUCGAUAUCUCCCACAAGUGGAUCGCAUGCUCUUCCGGGUGCACUUGCCUCACCUUUUCCACUAGUGGUCGUAGUCAAUCCCACUCCCAACCCGACGCCUCAUCCAACGCCACCGGCUACACCUGUCCUUCCGGUCGUCCUGGCUUCUGAUGCCGUUAGACACACGCACGUACCACUUCCACCACGAAUGUCCCCCGACUCGCCUACGUUGUCUCGAGACAGACGACAGCUCAACUUAACGUUAGCUACAACCCUUGAUUUAAUGCCCGCAUUUCAAACUCGAUCAUCUGCUCAACCUUCGAUCUUCGGAUCUUGCUCACCAGUUUCUAACAAUCUAUUGCCCCCUUCACCGUCUGCCAAUACAUCUAGUUCAAUCACCAGCACCUCUUCUGCCAACUCUAACUCCAGCCAUUUGACUGCCAGUUCAUCGACUUCCAUUCACUCGAAUGACACCCGAUCUCCUAAUGCGACGCUUAAGCCACAUGAUGCGAGAAAAUUCUUCCUUAAACUCGACGAACACAGUUCAGGUAGUUCUGACGAACCCUCUCCUAUCAGGCCUGAUAUUGCGACGUUCACCACCAGUAAAGUGGAUGCAGCAUCGAGUCGAGCUCACGGUUCUCCGGUAGCUGCUUUUGCGCUUGGAAGUUACUCGACUGGGAUGCAAAACAGUAAUGGAGAUGAAGGUCAUUCCAACCAACCACCUGGUCUUGCUUUUCAAUCCAGUGUCGGCCAGAGCUCCACGUCCGCUAGCGGAAGUUGGGGAGAGAGUGACGUUAGUGGUAGGCGUCGCCGCGGUCCCCCUUUGGCUAAGAGUAGUAAGGGCUCAAGCGGGCGCGCAUCCGGCUCCAGUGACGGCAGAAGCAGGAGUCGCAGCCAUGGACAAGCUCACGAUGGCCUUAUGAUGCGUAAAAAGGCACAGGCAUCCGUCGCGACGGGACGCAGAGGUCCUCGUUCGGGUGCAAAUGUAGUCCCCCCUCAAACGCAUGGUCAUACGCGUGGUCAGGGACCAGUCGCUAGUGGUGACUCGUUACAACUUGGGACAACUUUUUCAUCGGCGCAUGAACACAACCGAACUGAAGAAAAACCAACUCAGGUACAGCGGACCCAUUUAGUAACGCCAUCUCCCGGUCACCCCGUUCAAGUCCCACCGCCAAUGCACUCAACAACUCCGGCAAGGCGGACAACGUUCAACAUUGGUUCGCAAUCUCCCAGUGGCUCUCCGUCGAAUACGGAUCUAUCAACAUCUUCCCAAGCACAUACGAGAUCUCCUCCGCCUUCGAACGCCGGCCCAAGUAUCAGCUGUCCUCCGUUAGUAUCUCCUGAUAGGAUGCGCUUACAGGGUCAUUUGCCUGUGACUGAAGCUCGUGCUGGUCCAUUAUUGCGUUCGCCUCCUCCCAAUGUACCUUUCGUCGUCAGUUCUCGUCAGCCGCGCGGGCUUCCCCAUGCGGCAUCUAACUUAUCUGCUGCCGAAGCUGUAAUUCAAGCCCCGCGUACGAAAAGGGUUGUGCUUGCUGACGACGACGACGACGACUGGGAUGAAACAGAAACGGAUUUAGACAGUGAUUUUGAGGAUGACAGGAAGAGUGAUAUCGAUGCCGAGAAAGGCGGGACAUUAGUCGAGCCCGGAAUUAUAGGAGGCGGUGAUCAUAAUGAUGAUGGUGAUUGGGUUAGCGAAGAGGACGAACCGGAAUCUAGUCAGGCAAAUUUACCUGCUAAACAGAAUCCCCACCCUGCUCCUCCCCAAGCUCCAACCCAAAAUAAUAUAAAACGUCCCACUGGUGUUUCGAGACAUCAGUCACAACCUGAUAUACCUAAUACGGCAAUGGUAUCGAGGCAGAAAGAUCUAGAGCAAGGUCAACGACUUGAUCAACCUCGACUUCACCAGCGAUCCCAACAUCCCGUCGUCCAAUCUCGAACUUCACAUCGUAGCGAGCGUGACCAGGCACACGCUCUCAACGAUGCAAAGCUUAGGGAUGCUGCACUGGAAGCUCAGCGGCAGCGUGAAAUGUUCGCUAAGGUGCCGAAGCGGAGCUAUUCGAAUCUAUCAACGCGAUCACAAUCAGGUCUUUUGAGUCAACUUAUGAAUCCUGACCCUAACAUUUUCCCCGGAGAUCAUCCUUAUAGAAGAGGGUAUUCUGACGUUGCGGUUGGAGGUCGUACUGGUAAUGGGCUGGCUCGAUUAGGUAUGCAACCCAUGACCAACCUUACUGCUAAUGCGGGAGUAAGGAAUCAUAAAAGCAACUUGACGACCGGUGCGCCGGGGCCUUCUGCUACCCAGAGAGGUUCAACAUCUGCUGCCGAAUCUAGUACCAGUGUUGCAGCUUCGUCCGUUUCUAAAGUUGCGCCCUUGGGACCUACCAAAAGCGCUGUAGCUCUCCCCAUUGCUAAUUCUGUGACGGCGUCAAGUUACAAAGGGGAUCUCCAGACAAUUGCCGGUUUUCCGAAAGGAAAGCAGAGACAGAUAGAGCCUGAUAGCAAUGCAGGCGCGUAUCGACCUAAAGGACGCCCCCAGGACGAGGAAAUGGAAAUGGAAGAAGAAAGUGAAGAUGAUCGAGACCAAGCCUAUCAUAUUUCCAAGAGCGUUGCCGAACAGAAGCUAGCUGCCAUCGCAGAUAGACGGACUGCGAAGAAAGGGUCCAGUUCAGCUCAAGCGGGACCCCCUGCGGCACUCCCUCUACACCCUCAUCCUUAUCCAGCACCCCAGCCACAUCGUUCCAAAUCGCAAUAUAUCGCAAAUACUCACGAAAGGAUUUCUACACCUCCGGUUCAGGUUCCGCUGCCUCUCGGAUUCCCAUAUAACUUACCUCCGGCAGCACCCCCCUCCUCGCCUCAUACUACCCGACAAUUGAUGCUUCGAAAGGAAAUGCCAGAAAGUCUGCGUCAGAACCUCCUUUGGUCCAGAAAGAUCAGUAAUCAGGAAUUAAAUGGCCCGCGGAGAAACAGCAGUAGUGCAUUGAGUCCGACACUACAACCGUUAACAGCCAUUCCCACUGUGGUGCAUGUGACGAAGAAAAGGAGACCUGAACCUGGGGAAUCGAUCCCCCAAGAAGUGGAGGACGCUCGUUCCGAUGAGGAUAUUAUGGAGCCAAUAAGGCCAGUGGUGAUGCAACGAAAUCGAAGCUGGGCGGGCGGCGGGCGAUAAUAACCUUUGCUAUUUUGUAUACAACCGGAUUUUUCUCGCAACAAUGAACAAUGGACCAAAGGGUUACUUGAUGUCUUCUGAGUGCAAAGACUUGCACUUAUUUGUCUUCUUCCAUGGGUUGUUGCAUUUUGUAUUGUGUCUCUUCUUACUUCGCUCGUAAAUGUUUCUUAUUCUCCUUUACUUUUCCAAAUUGCAUUAACUGAUCACCGACUCAUCGUCGUUAUACAUACGCUAUACAUCCCUUACUACUUGCACACCACACCCCCUAUGCAUCGCUUUCCUCGUUUACUCUUAAAAUUGUACUCUAGUACUUACUCACUUGACAUUUCUGGAUUCGUUACCUUCACCGCUUUUCCUUUGUUAUAGGGCUUUUGUGCACAUCUAUCAUCCCUCAUUUCAACUGUACUUUCAGUGUAAUAAUACACAAUGCAUUUCCGUGAUGGUU